CGCCCGCCGUCCCGGUACUACCCCGAGAACCCCGCGCGCCCCUGGACCGCGACGCAGCUCCGGGACCUCCGCGCGCCUCGGCAACCCCGCGCGCUCUCACAACCCCGGGGCUCGGCCAACCCGGCUGCGCGUCCCGGCCAAAGGGCCCCGCCCCAGAGGAUCCCCCUCUUGCAACAGACGGAGCCCCGCCCCAGAGGGACCCCCAGGUCCGGCAGGGACAUCCAGCCACGCCCCAGAGGGCUCCCGGCAUCCCGUGUCUGGAGCCCCGCGCUCCAGAGGAACCUCCGUGCCCAGCCGGGGGCUGCCCGCCCAGCUGAGGGGCGCCGCCCAGAAGGGUCCCCCGCGCCCCGCGGGCCCCGGCAGGAUGCACGCCGCCCUGGCGGGGCCGUUGCUCGCCGCCCUCCUCGCCACCGCCCGCGCCCGCCCGCAGCCCCCGGACGCAGGACAGUGCCGGCCGCCCGGAUCGCAGAGGGACCUGAACUCCUUCCUGUGGACCAUUCGGCGCGACCCGCCGGCCUACCUGUUUGGCACCAUCCACGUCCCCUACACCCGCGUCUGGGACUUCAUCCCGGACAACUCCAAGGCGGCCUUCCAGGCCAGCGCCCGCGUCUACUUUGAGCUGGACUUGACAGACCCCUACACCAUCUCGGCGCUGGCCAGCUGCCAGCUGCUGCCGCACGGGGAGAACCUGCAGGACGUGCUGCCCCGUGAGCUCUACUGGCGCCUGAAGCGCCACCUGGACUACGUGAAGCUGAUGAUGCCGUCGUGGAUGACGCCCGCGCAGCGGGGCAAGGGGCUCUACGCCGACUAUCUAUUCAACGCCAUCGCGGGCAACUGGGAGCGCAAGAGGCCGGUGUGGGUGAUGCUCAUGGUGAACUCGCUCACGGAGACCGACGUGCGCUCCCGGGGCGUGCCUGUGCUUGACCUCUACCUGGCCCAGCGGGCCGAGAAGAUGAAGAAGAGCACCGGGGCCGUGGAGCGCGUGGAGGAGCAGUGUCAUCCGCUCAAUGGGCUCAACUUCUCCCAGGUGCUGUUUGCCCUGAACCAGACCCUGCUGCAGCACGAGAGUGUACGGGCCGGGAGCUUGCAGGCGCUCUACACCACCGAGGACCUCAUCAAGCACUACAACUGCGGGGACCUCAACGCCGUCAUCUUCAACCACGACACAUCCCAGCUACCCAACUUUAUCAACACCACCCUUCCGCCGCACGAGCAGGUCACCGCCCAGGAGAUCGACAGCUACUUCCGCCAGGAGCUCAUCUACAAGAGGAAUGAGCGGAUGGGGAAGAGGGUCAUGACUCUUCUGCAGGAGAACGAAGACAAGAUCUGCUUCUUUGCCUUCGGAGCAGGUCACUUUCUGGGGAACAACACAGUCAUCGACGUCCUUCGGCAGGCAGGGCUGGAGGUGGAGCACACGCCUGCAGGACAGACCAUCCACAGCCCUGUUGCCCGGAGCCCGGCACCUCCACCCGAGGGGACCUCGGCGAGCCCCGCCCAGGCGACCCCAGCUGCUGCCAUCCCUGCGGUCCCCUCGGCAGCCCCCACUGCCCCGCCUGAGGAGGAGGACCCAGCCCUGUCCCCGCACCUCCUGCUACCCGACAGCCUCAGCCAGCUGGAGGAGUUCGGGAGACAGAAGAAAUGGCACAAGAGACAGAACAAACCCCAGCGGCCACGGCAGUUCAAUGACCUCUGGGUCCGCAUCGAGGACAGCACCACCGCCUCGCCACCACCACUGCCCUUCCAGACCACGCAGAGCUCCGGAACAGCCAAGCCCCCCUUCCAGCUCUCCGACCCGCGCCAGCAGCAGGAAGAGCCAGGGCUGGCCAGCAGCUCAGCGCCCAGCCGCUCGCAGCCCACCCUGGGCCUCCUCCCCGCCAUCGCUGCCAGCAUCACAGCCCCCUUCCUGCUGCACACCCUCAGGCUCUCCUGACCUCGGCCGCCCACCUCCCUGCCGGGUGCAGAGAAAGAAGCCAGAGAAACCGAUGGGAGGGUCUGCGGCCACACCCACAGCCCCUGCCACCACCUCCAGGGGUGCCAGACACCUCAUGGGUAGUCCAGACGGGAUCCGUUAGAACACUAGAGCUUUAUUGUACCCGAGUUACAUCUUCUUUUUUGUAGAAGGAUCUUAAUUUCCCAUAGUGCUAUGGGGCUGUUUUGUAAAAUAUGUGUCCAUAUUAAAAAAGGAAAAUGUAU